GACUGGUUGGCGGCCAUUGAGGGAAGAAUGGGCCAACCGAAGGUCGCGUCCAAUUAUCGGCAAGCGCGCCAGCGCCGAAAGCGUCUCAAAAUCAUGAACCUGACGUGGAUUUCGUGACAAGUUCGCGAUUAUGACGUCACGGAAUCGUGAUAUUCUGUGGCUAUUUAGCCGCCGUGCCAAAACUUGCUUCCUCAAGGCGCGGGGAUCCUCGAGUCGUCGUCUCUCUCCCAUUCCUAGAUUUUUUCCGUAGAGAGGCGGAGGGAGGUUGGAGAUCGGGAUGGGGAGGUCGUCGGUCACGUUCGCGCUUUUUCUUCUGAUCGCGGUUGGCGAGGUUUUUGCUGUGAAGCCAAUACUGCCCAUCAGUCAUUCUGGCAAACUUCUUGAGAAAUCUAUAGUAGAAGAGAUCAAUUCGAAUCCAAAGGCUGGAUGGGUGGCUGCAUUAAAUCCCAGAUUCUCAAAUUACACAAUUGGGCAAUUCAAACACAUAUUGGGAGUGAAGUCAACACCUAAAAAUAUGUUAGAGUCCCUGCCUGUUAAAAGGCAUGAUAGAAGCUUGAAGUUGCCACAGCAUUUCGAUGCACGAACUGCCUGGCCACAAUGUAGCACAAUUGGGAGAAUACUUGGUAAAUCACUCAGAAAUUGGACUUUUUGGUCCACUUUUCUUUUUCAACAGGGCCAUUGUGGUUCUUGUUGGGCAUUCGGUGCAGUGGAGUCUCUGUCAGACCGCUUCUGCGUCCAUUUUAAUGUGAACAUCUCGCUGUCCGUGAAUGAUCUUCUCUCAUGCUGUGGCUUUAUGUGUGGAGAUGGCUGUGAUGGAGGCUAUCCCAUUUCCGCAUGGAGAUACUUUGUUCACCAUGGUGUUGUCACCGAAGAGUGUGACCCUUACUUCGAUGAUACUGGAUGCAAACAUCCCGGCUGCGAGCCUGCCUACCCAACUCCCAAAUGUGUGAAAAAAUGCCAACUGCAGAACCAGGUGUGGCGCAACUCCAAACAUUAUAGUGCGAAUGCUUAUAGAGUCCAUUCGGACUGCCACAGCAUCAUGGCAGAAGUAUACCAAAAUGGCCCCGUGGAAGUCUCAUUCUCCGUUUAUGAGGACUUCGCGUACUACAAGUCGGGCGUUUACAAGCACAUAACUGGAGACAUGUUGGGAGGCCAUGCGGUCAAGCUAAUUGGGUGGGGUACCUCAGAUGAAGGAGAAGACUACUGGCUUCUUGCAAACCAGUGGAACAGGAGCUGGGGGGAUGACGGGUACUUCAAGAUCAAAAGGGGAGUUAAUGAAUGUGGAAUCGAAAGGGAUGUGGUCGCAGGCAUGCCAUCAUCCAAGAAUCUAAUAAGGAGCUUUGCUGGUGAAAGCGAAGGAGAUGGCAUCGCAAUUUGAUGUAAUAUAAUCUGUUGAUUAAGAAAACAGAAACAGAACGUGAUAUGUAUUAAGUAUUAUGUCCGCAACAAACUUGCUUACAUGUUUAUUGAUACUAGAAACAUAUUCUUACUACA